GCAUAGCUUCCUAUUUAAAAUGGCGGCUGUACUGGAAGAAGUCGGCAAAUCUGCCGAAAAAUUAGUAAAUGAGGAAAAGGAUGAAAUCGUAGACCAAGAGGACGAAACUGGAGCAUCGGAGGCAUCUAAAAAGAAGAAAAAAAAGAAGAAGAAGAAGAAGGCCGGUGCUGGUGAAGCAAGUGCUGAUGUACCUGAAGGUGAUGACAAAGUGAAGGAAGAUGAUCAAACAAAAAAUGGUGAUGAAGCGGCUGAAGGAUCAGCAGAGGCUAAUGACAAUGAAGCUGAAACCGGAAUGGAAAAUGAAGAUGCUAAGAAGAAGAAGAAGAAACGUAAAUCACGCAAUAAGGCUGGUGGAAUCAAACAAACUGAAAAACCUUCGAUUCCAGUCUCUGAAUUAUUCCCUGAUGGAAACUAUCCGAUUGGACAAAUAAUGGAUUAUCCUCCAGCUGCUGGAAUUGAUGAGAGAACUGCUAAGGAUCGUUUUUCGAGCGAAGAAGCACGUGCAUUAGAUAGAAUGCACAGCGACAUUUAUAAUGAAGCUAGACAAGCUGCUGAAGCACACAGACAAACAAGAAAACAUAUUAAACAAUGGGUAAAAUCAGGAAUGACAAUGAUAGAAAUCUGUAAUGAAUUGGAAGACACUGCUAGAAAAUUAAUUGGAGAAGACGGAUUGAAAGCAGGAUUGGCAUUUCCAACUGGUUGUUCAAGAAAUCAUUGUGCUGCUCAUUACACUCCCAAUGCUGGUGAUCCAACUGUUUUGGAGUACGAUGAUGUCACUAAAAUUGAUUUCGGAACACACAUCAAUGGUCGUAUCAUCGAUUGUGCAUUUACAUUAGCAUUUAAUCCUAAGUAUGAUAGACUUAUUGAAGCGGUACGGGAUGCCACUAACACUGGAAUCAAAGCUGCUGGUAUUGAUGUUCAGCUUUGUGAUGUCGGUGCUGCUAUUCAAGAAGUUAUGGAAUCUUACGAAGUUGAAAUUGAUGGGAAAACUUAUCAAGUUAAAUCGAUCAGAAAUUUGAAUGGACAUUCAAUUGCACCUUAUCGAAUACACGCUGGUAAAACUGUACCAAUAGUUAAAGGUGGUGAAGCCACGAGAAUGGAAGAAAAUGAAUUUUAUGCUAUUGAAACAUUUGGAUCUACUGGAAGAGGUGUUGUCCAUGAUGAUUUGGAGUGUUCUCAUUAUAUGAAGAGUUUUGAUACCGGAUAUGUCCCGCUCAGAUUACAGAGCAGCAAAUUUCUACUUAACGUUAUCAACAAGCAUUUUGGUACAUUGGCAUUUUGUAAACGUUGGUUAGACCGCGUUGGUUGUACCAAAUAUCAAAUGGCGUUAAAAGAUCUGUGCGACAAGGGUGCAGUUGAAGCUUAUCCACCGCUAGUCGAUGUCAAAGGAUGUUACACUGCACAAUUUGAACAUACACUUGUUUUACGUCCUACUUGCAAGGAAGUCAUUUCUCGAGGAGAUGAUUAUUAAACAAAAACAAUAACAAAAUUAUUGUCACUUGUACGAUUUUCUUGUGAGAGAUGGGGCACUUAUUAUUAGUUUAAUCAUUGUAAAGUUAAUUCAUGUAAAAUUAGCAUUGCAAAAGUGCUUAAAUCAUUGCAAGUAAACGUACGUCAAGUAUUUUGUUACCAUAUUAGUGUAUCUCGUUUUUUUAAACAUUCUUUUUCGCCCUUCAGAAUAAUUACAAUGAAGCCACGAGUCAUGAUAUUGUAAAAAAAAAAAAAAAAAAAAGAUAAAAAAAAAA